UCACAGAGGAAUCAGAUCCGUGCUGAGAUGGAGGUGUGGAUCCUGCUGCUGGCCGCCGCCGUCCGGUCCGUCCAAAUGAGGGACUUCACGGUCGAAGACAUUGUCCUGCUGCAUCCUUCAACGCCGCCUCGUCCCGGAGCCUUCAAGUGCUUCACCUGCCAGGACGCCCCGGACAACUACGACUGCAACCGCUGGGCCCCCGAUGUCUACUGCCCCCAGGAUGCCCGGUUCUGCUCCACGCUCCACGUGACGGACGGCGACGGGGCCAGCGUGUCGGUGACCAAGCGCUGCGCCGCUCCGCAAGACUGCCAGUACACCGGCUGCGCCGCCAUGGCCGACAGCGACUAUAAGGUUUGCUCGUCCUGCUGUGAGGGGAACAUCUGCAACCUGCUGGUGCCCAGAAACGACAGCGAGGCAGUUUUCUCUACGGCUCCUCUGGUGGGAUCGGCGACCAGGAUCCAGGCCGCAGCGCUCCCUUCCAUCAUCUUCAUAUCGGGCGUCUUCGCCACUGCCUGAACAAAGCUAUCGCUACUUUUAUUUAAUUUAAAAUGACAAAAUUAACAUUUUUCUACUUUUUCAAGUGUAAAUAAU